UUAUUAUCAAAUACUGUUGUUUCUAAAGCAGUCAUUUAUAAUUGAUGAAAUUACCACACAUUUUUGGUAUUGUGAUAUUUCACAUUUAAUGCUAGCUUAACAUUAGAGUAAAGUUACAGUUAACCUACAUUGUAAAAUUUAUGAAUGAUCUUAUGUACCAUGAACCAGGUAAGUGAUGAUAAUUGAUGAUGAGAAAUGAUCAUUUAUUUUUUCAAGUAAAGUAGUCAACUAAGGUUAGCCAUUUGAACCUCUCAUGUGUUAACUUGGUUAAGUUACAUCCAAUUCACACUUGUAGCCAUACGCUAAUGUUAAGCAUCCGUUUCUCUGAAAGACAACAUUAACUCAUGAGUCUAUUCUAAAGUCUAUUUUUUUAUUUAGCAUUUUUACAAAUAUACAAGAAAUAUGUUUAAUGCUUUCUGUGUGCUGUACAAAACAGUGUUUGCUUAAGCUAGCUUGGUUCUGUAGCUACAAUGGAUUCUAACGUAAAUCUAAUGUAAAUUUAGCUAACAUUAACUACAUUGAAACGUUUGAAACGCAUGGCUUCAGCAUGCACAUUUCAACCGUCCACCUCUGUGGUCGGUAUGUAGCAAAUACACAUAUUUCCCCAUUUUUUUUUUACGUUGUUUAACGUUACUUACCAGCUUAAGUAAGUUAAACGUUAACAGCUAACGUAAGUUAGCAUUAGCUAAUUAUGUUGUUGUUAACAGCUAUGUUAACGUUAACAUGUUUUGGCAAUGUUACUCUCAGUUUACCGUUACACUGCAUGCAGCAAUGUGCAGCAAUCUUUUUGCUUCUGGACAGUGGAGAAAUUGAUUAAGUUUUAAGAGUUUUUUAAGAAGUUUCUAUGGGCUUCUUUAAUAUUUAGUUUUUGCCCUGAGACUAAGAAUGUCUGUGACUUAAACGUUCACCUAACGUUACUCCGCGCUUAGCCCCAUCAAAACUUCCACAAGCUACAAAAAGCUGAGAUUUAUGGUUUAGCACUAUUAGUCGAGGAUGGAGACUUAAGUAACGCUAAUGGGUUUUACAAAUGCACAUCUGGCUAACUGUCCUAACUUAACGUUACCUUCCGUUAAAGAGCAGCUUCCCUGAGCUUUUCUACGGGACUAUCUCUCACGCAGACGAACAGAACUCUACAUGAGAUACCACAAACUAGCUUUAAUUAAUUUAAUGUUCAUAAUAAUCAUGAAAUAAUAUUACAUAUUAUAUUAUAUUAUAUUAUACAAUAAUAGUGUUUCGGAAAUUAUUCUGAUUCUUCUUAGUAGCUAUUCUUGUUAACAUCCUGCACCGAAGUUACUGAGCUGUUGGGGGAAUGUCGACCUGUCUGGUUUUAGGCUCCUACACUCUGUUGUACUUAAAACCACGUCAGAGCGGCAGGACUGAGCGGACUGCACCAGCAGCUCAGUCUGUGGACACACACGCACACCAUAUGUCUCACCACAUUUGAUUACUUGAUGGACAGUUUCUUCUGUCGGAUUCAUUAUAAUUGACGUUUAUCCAUUUACUGCCUCUGAUUUGAGGACAUUUUGAGAAGCAGGAGCAUCAUGGACCACAUGUCCUCUCCGGUCAGGUUCCGCAGCAGUAAAAAGGCUACAACUUUUUCAGAAAACGAGUUGUCCAGUCUGUCCAUUGAGGACCAGGAGGACACUCAGUUUCCUUUCGCGAUGAGGGAUCUGCCUCCUGUCUCUCAGCCUGAAGAAGAGCACCAGACACUAGACCACCAGCUACCAGUCCCCCAUGAGGUAGAGGGAACUGAGACAGCAACCAAUGGGAGACUGCCCAGCCUUCCCAGGACUCCCCCUGUGUCCCAUCCCAUCCCCUGCCACCCUGCUGUCUCCCCGACAGUCCCUCACAGACCAAAUCGCGUGAGACCGGAUGCAGCGUUUCAGCCCAUGCCACUGAGGAGGCAGCUUGCCUCUCAGGUGUCUAUGGACUGUCCACUCAGCCCUGUCUCCCGUCCACUCAGCCCCUGGGGACGCUUCGACCCCUACGACUGUCAAGAGGAUCAGGACAAGGAGUAUGUGGGUUUUGCCACAUUGCCCAAUCAGGUUCAUAGAAAGACAGUAAAGAAAGGUUUCACAUUUACGCUAAUGGUGGCAGGGGAGUCUGGCCUCGGUAAAUCCACACUUAUCAAUAGUUUGUUCCUCACGGACCUCUACAAAGACAGGAAGGUUCCUAAUGCACAAGAACGGAUCAAUCAAACAGUCAACAUCGUCAAACACGCAAUAAGCAUUGAGGAGAAAGGAAUCAAGUUGAGGCUCACCACCAUAGACACACCAGGUUUUGGAGACGCCAUCAACAACACAGAAAGCUGGAAACCAAUAGAAGACUACAUCGAUCAGCAGUUUGAACAGUACUUCAGAGAUGAGAGCGGGUUGAACAGAAGGAACAUCCAGGACAACAGAGUCCACUGCUGCCUCUACUUCAUCUCCCCAUUUGGCCACGGUCUUCGACCUCUGGAUGUCGAAUGUAUGAAGGCCUUGCAUGAAAAAGUCAACAUAAUUCCUGUAUUGGCCAAAGCUGACAGCAUGACACAAGCAGAGGUUUGGAGAAAGAAGAUGAAGAUCAGAGAGGAGAUCAAGCAGUUUGGGAUCAACAUCUACCAGUUUCCCGAGUGUGAUUCAGAUGAAGACGAAGACUUUAAGAAACAGGACCAGAUACUGAAGGACAGCAUCCCGUUUGCAGUAAUUGGGAGUAAUGUUCAGGUGGAGAAUAACGGUCGCAAGUUUAGGGGUCGUGUCUAUCCCUGGGGUGUUGUGGAAGUGGAGGACCCUGCUCACUCGGACUUCUUGAUACUGAGGAACAUGCUGGUGAGGACGCACAUGCAGGAUCUGAAGGACGUGACGCGGGAGACGCACUAUGAAAACUACAGAGCACAGUGCAUCCAGAACAUGACGCGCAUGGUGGUGCAGGAGAGGAAGCGCAGUUUGCGUGAGAAGUAUCGAGAGGUGAGUGAGGCGGAAUUUCCGCUGCCGCUGGCCCCCGUUGACACCGAGACAGAGAGACAAAUCUUUGAGAAGGACGAAGAGCUGAGGAGGAUGCAGGAGGUGCUGGAGAGGAUUCAGGAGCAGAUGCGGCAGAGCCAGAGAAGUGGCUGCUGAUUCUCCCAUAAUUCCCUGGGAGAGGAGACGAGUGCCCAGGAACACAGAGGAGGUGCUGUUUAUGAAGCCGGACGAUCAAAUACAGAUGGAACUUGUAUAAAAAGGAUAUCAGCCAUAUUGCAUUCAGUUCUUUAUCUGAUUGCUGUUCCCCAGGACAACGUCAGUCAGCAAAACAGUGAGCGAGGCUGGAAUCAUGGUUCUCCGACAUAAAACGUUUCUGUGGGUUUACACAGAAAGGGUUGAUAUGGGUAAUUGUGGAUUACUCAGGCUUCUAAAGGAGCAUCCAGCAAGCUGAUUGCCUGAUCCAACUCCUGUCAGAAGGAAGAAACAUGCGUGAACUUUACACUCUGUACAAGUAUAAAAUACAUUGGCCCAAUCCCAAUCUCCACACUCACAGACUCAGAGAUCUUUAGACACGUUCCUGGUAAGUCCGUGAGGGCUUAGGGCUGUCCCACUGUUAAAUUGUCAAGUGCAUCAGGGCUGUUGCAGACAUUUUGAGCCCUUUUUACACACUUACUGUAAGUCUACAUUUCUGCAGACUUUGCCUGAGGGAAUAACGCACAGUUCACAGCAUUGUGACGUUAAACCAGGGGAAGCCCAGAGGUGUUUAAAAAGGUAAACAAACAUACAAGGAGCAGCUACAAGAAAAACGAAAUGUACAUCUAAGUGUAUGAUGCUAUUUUGAUAAAAACGAGCAAAUUGUUUGACAAUUACCUCUCAUCUACUCUGUAAGGGAAGAUCCUGGAACACGUUCAAAUCAGGCAGUCUACCAAGUGCCUUGGCCGUGAGGAAAGUAAAACACGUAAAUAAACAGUCCCAAACCCACAAUUGGACGUAACAUGUCACAAAGUGCUCUCCCAUAAUACAAAUUUGGGCCCUUGCAACCUCUCGCACUCAAGCACAUACCAGGUUAUGUCCACUAAGUCUGUAAGGGUUAUUGACGGGAGUUACAGCUCUUUAAAGGGAGCUGAAUGUUAUGGUCCAUUCCUUUCCCAGAGUCAGGACUUUCUGUUCCCAAAUGGCUCUUCAUGUAAUACCACUUCUGUUGUUACAUUUGUUGCAAGAAAUAAAUAUGCAAGAGGGAAGGGAUCGGCUCUCAGACGGGACUCAUAGAGCUUGUUCGCGACUGACACAUCACUAGUGAGAGUACAGGGUUCUGGGUUUAAAGUGGAGUUUGGGAUUGGGUCUUAGUCACGCUAAACUCCCGGGCAUGUUUAUUUACAUGCAGCUAGGAGAAGCAUGUUCCAGCCUUAAGCAGCAACAGGCUCAAUGGUGUUCAAGAGCACGCCAGGUCACAGGUGGGUUGAUUCUGUGAUUUUCAGGUAUGAGUGACUCUAUCCAAAGACAGAGUUGUUCUGCUGUUACAAUUAAUUUGUUUUAUUACUGUGUUGUAAUCUUGAUAAGAUUUAACUCUGCCAUCUAGGGAUCAUUGUUAUUGUUGAUGUUAGCGUUGGGUUUUUAUGUAAAGUUUAUUUUUCAUGUUUUAUUACUUGAGUCAAGUUUUUUUUUUUUUCCUUUUUGCAUUUUU